AUGGUCAACAUAGUAUCAGAUAGGGGUUCCAACUUCGUUGCUGCUUUUCGUGAUUUGAAUGGCUUAUUUUGCUUCGCACAACGACUUAAUAAUAUAGUUAAAUUAUCAUUCUUUCAAAAUGUACAAAAGAAGAAGAAAAAAACAUCGAACAAAUCGACAAGUGCUACAACUUCAGCACCAGAUCGUGCAACAUUUAAUGAACGAAGUGCUGCUCCAUCAAAUGGAAGUAGUAUUUUAUCAAGUGAAGAAACAAGUGAAGAUGAAGAACAAGUAAUUAUUUUACCAACAAUACCAAUGACUCGAAAGAAGAAAAAGAAUAAACCAACAUCAACAAAUAAUCAACACGAAUCUUCUUAUAAAAUGCCAAUAGAUGACAUUUCACUUGCAGCAAGAGGCGUUCUCAACACAUUAACCAAAUAAUUAACUAAUUAUGAUAUUGCAUUUGGUAACAAUGGAUCAAAGGAACAAUUAGAUGAAUUACAUGAAGAUUUACAAGAGUUAGAAGGUGGAAUAUUUUUCUGGAAUCGUAUACCAUCUUUAUUAGAAGAAAUGUUUACUUCUGAUAUACGGCAUUAA